AUGACCACCCCCAUCUCCUUCACCGUCCGUCCUCCUUCUACCGCCCCCUUCCGUCCCUCUCCUCUCGGAAAUGGAGCUCGGCCAUCUUCUCGGACCACUGGGCCACCCUCUCGGCGUUUGUUUGAAUCUCAUGGGGAAGAUUCGGACGAUGACGAGCGACAUAAUGGGUCAUCUGGGCGAAGAAGGGAAAGAGAAGAACGGAUAAAUGGUCUGUCCAAUGGACGCAUUGUCGGGGGAAACAAACCAGAGGAGCCUUUGGUUAUUCCUACCUUACCGAACAAAGAUUGGAGAGCUACCACUCGACGUGUUCCAUCUUUCCGACCUCAAUCACGGGUGGUACAGACUGAUGAGACAGAGACGCGCGAGAGGAUAGGGGACGAGGAACAGAAAGCUGGAUUGAGGUUUGCCGUGAAGACGGAAGUGAAAUCAGAGAUGGGAAUUAGCACGAUAAAGACUGAACGUGUGGAGGAGAUAUCGUCGAAUGGCGGGGGAGAUGUUUCGACUACAACGACGACUUCCACAACGGCAGUGAAGAAAGAACCUCUCUCAUUGGAGGAGCAAGCUUUGCAAGCUAUCUUAGCGGGAGAUGGACCUCAAGAGACGGCGGAACAGAAGUUGCAGAGGGAGUUGAUCAUUUCCAUGGGUGGAAGUGGCGUAUCAACUCCUUUGACGGAAGAUGACGCUUAUCGAAGGGACAUCGAAGCUUUGCCAGAAGAGUCCACAGCGGAUGACUAUGCCGCCAUCCCAGUCAGCGCCUUCGGAUACGCCAUGGCUCGAGGAAUGGGUUGGGAUCCGAAAGCCAACGACAACACUCCUAUUCAUGUACCCAAAACUCGACCUCAAUUACUGGGGUUAGGUGCGACACCGUUAGAUGUGGUCAUCCCUUCUGAGAAGAAGUCAAAUGGACAGAAGAAGAAA